AUGCGUAGAGUUCCAAAUUUCCCCCACUCAGAGAUGACCAAAACUCGGAAUCAAAGAAACAUUGUGAUGUUCCCAUUCAUGUCUCAAGGCCAUCUCAUCCCUUUCAUGGCACUGGCAAGACAAAUAGAGCAAAGGAAGGGUUUAACCAUCACCAUUGUCAACACCCCAUUGAACAUCCGCAAGCUCAGAUCAUCACUCCCUCCCGCCACCAACAUACGCCUCGUUGAAAUCCCUUUCUGCAGCACUGACCACGGCCUCCCACCGGAUUCAGAAAACACCGAUACCCUGUCUUUCAUUCACAUGAUUCGCCUCUUGGAAGCCUCGGAAAAUCUCGAAUCACCCUUCAAGAGCCUCCUCGUGAAAAUGAGUGAGCGCGAGGGUCGUGCACCAAUAUGCAUCAUCUCCAAUAUGUUCAUGGGAUGGACGGUUAAAGUUGCCAACGAGCUUGGAAUCUUUCACACUGUGUUUAUAGCCGGAGCUGGCUACAGCAUGGCCCUCUACUUCUCCAUUUCCAUGGACAUCAGUCUCUGGCAGACCGAUGAUCAUGAGGAAUUCUCAUUGCCGGACUUUCCUGAAGCAUUCAAGAUACAUCAAUCGAGAGUAGCCAAUGACCUCAAAUACACUGAUGCUGCUGAUUCAUGGUUCCUUUUUCGCAAGCGCCAAUUUUCACUUUGCUUGAGCUCUGAUGCAAUCUUGUUAAACACCAUAGAAGGGCUUGGACAAAAGGGAGUGAAAUAUUUUAGCAGAAAAUUGGGUGGUAAACCAAUAUGGACUAUUGGACCAAUCUCCUCUUCCAUGAUCAAAGAUGAUCAGAAGGAACUAGUUUCUAAUAGCAAUGGAUGUUACACUGAAUGGCUCAAUCUCUACCCACCAGCUUCAGUUCUCUAUGUGUCCUUCGGAUCACAUAACAGUAUCUCAGCUGCACAAACGAAAGAAUUGGCCAUAGGGUUAGAAGCAAGCGGCAAAGCGUUCAUUUGGGUUGCUAGAUCACCAACAGGGUUCGACGUUACAGAAGAAUUCAGAGCUGAAUGGUUGCCUGAUGGAUUCAAAGAACGACUUAGGCGAACAAAUCAAGGAAUGGUAAUACACAAAUGGGCACCACAGCAGGAAAUUCUGUCUCACAAGUCCAUAGGUGCAUUUCUGAGCCAUUGUGGUUGGAACUCCAUACUGGAGAGUUUGUGUGAAGGCAUACCGAUAAUUGGGUGGCCACUGGCUGGAGAGCAGUUCUUCAAUUCCCAUAUGCUGGAAAAGGAAGUGGGAGUGUGCAUUGAGGUAGGAAGAGGAAACAGCUUGGAAGUUGUCAGACACGAUCGGAUUGCAAAGGCGAUAAAGAUGGUGAUGAACAAGACCGGGAAAGGCGAGGAGAUGAGAAGAAAGGCCCGGGAGAUGAGGGAGAAGAUGGAAGACGCGAUUAGAGAGGGAGAAGGCUAUAAGGGAUCAUCCGCACAAGCAGUUGAUGAGUUCAUCAGCACAGCAAUAUCCACAACAAAAACAUCUGUCCUCCCUCUCAAUGCAAAAUGA